UGGUUUCGAAGUGCGGUGUGCGAGGUUGUUAUUGCCGGUAUCUUAAAAAUUGUAAAUUAUUUUACAAAGAAACGGGUGACAGAAAUUGAUCCCAUUGCAGAAAAUAUAUAAAUACACCCCAAAGAGAAAAUAAAAUGAGGUUAAGUGUGGAUGGUUUGAUUGUUUAUUUCCCAUAUGAUUACAUAUAUCCUGAACAAUAUGCAUACAUGUGUGAACUUAAGAGAGCACUUGAUGCAAAGGGCCAUUGUUUACUGGAGAUGCCUUCUGGUACUGGCAAAACAACUACAUUAUUGUCUUUAAUUGUUGCCUACAUGUUGGAGCAUCCAUUUGAUGUCCGGAAACUUAUUUAUUGCUCUCGUACAGUACCAGAAAUUGAGAAAGUCAUGGAGGAGUUAAAGAAAUUGUUAGAAUUUUACGAAAAAGAGAACGGCGAGUAUCCAAAUUUAACCGGCUUGGUAUUGACAUCAAGAAAGAAUUUAUGCAUUCAUCCAGAGGUUAGCACGGAAAAAGAAGGAAAAAUUGUAGAUGGAAGGUGUCAUUCACUAACAGCACAAUAUAUUAGAGACAGACACAAUUAUGAUGAAACUACACCAGUUUGUCAGUAUUAUGAAGGUUUUGCUUUAGAUGGUAAAGAGAGUAAUUUACCUUAUGGAGUUUACACUAUUGAUGAUUUGAAGAUGUAUGGAAGGAAAAAAAAUUGGUGUCCUUACUUCUUAGCUCGAUUUGCUAUUAUCCAUGCAAAUAUUGUUGUGUACAGUUAUCACUAUCUGCUAGACCCUAAAAUUGCAGAUGUUGUUUCAAAGGAAAUGGCUCGGGAAUCGGUAGUUAUUUUUGAUGAGGCCCACAACAUCGAUAAUGUAUGCAUUGAUUCUAUGAGUGUAAAGAUUAAUCGUCGUAUUAUCGAAAAGUCUUCGGCUAAUAUUACUUUGUUGGAGAAAACUAUUGCAGAAAUGAGAGAAGAUGAUCAAAAUAAAUUACAAGAUGAGUAUCAAAAACUUGUUCAAGGAUUAAGGGAUGCGAGUACCGCACGCGAAACUGACGUUAUCCUAGCCAAUCCAGUUUUACCAGAUGAAAUAUUAAAUGAGGUUGUACCUGGAAAUAUAAGAAAUGCAGAGCAUUUUGUAUCGUUUUUAAAACGAUUUAUCGAAUAUUUAAAGACUCGUUUAAGAGUGCAACAUGUUGUACAAGAAUCUCCUGCAGGCUUUCUUAAAGAUGUACAAAGCAAAGUGUGUAUAGAACGCAAACCUUUACGGUUUUGUGCUGAAAGAUUAUCUUCACUAUUAAAAACUCUUGAAAUUGCUGACCUGGCAGACUUCAGUCCUUUGGUUUUAAUAACUCACUUAGCCACUCUGGUCUCAACAUACACGAAGGGAUUUACAAUAAUCGUCGAACCAUUUGACGACAAAACACCCACAGUCUCAAAUCCAGUUUUAUAUUUUAGUUGCUUAGAUUCUUCAAUUGCCAUCAAACCGGUUUUUGAUCGAUUCCAAUCGGUGGUUAUCACUUCCGGUACAUUAUCUCCGUUGGAUAUGUAUCCGAAAAUAUUGAACUUUCAUCCUGUUAUUAUGUCGUCGUUCACUAUGACAUUAGCCCGGCCGUGCUUAUUACCAAUGAUUGUGUCGAAAGGCAAUGAUCAAGUUGCUAUUUCAUCAAAGUUUGAAACACGUGAAGAUAUAGCAGUGAUAAGAAAUUAUGGCCAACUUUUAGUGGAGAUUGCCGCUAACGUUCCUGAUGGCGUCGUCUGUUUCUUUACAUCAUAUUUAUAUUUGGAAUCAGUUGUGGCAAGUUGGUAUGAUCAGGGUGUGAUAGAUAGUUUGCAACGAUACAAAUUGUUGUUUAUUGAAACACAAGAUUCUGCAGAGACAAGUUUUGCACUAAUGUAUUAUAUCAAGGCAUGUGAAUCCGGCAGAGGAGCAGUUUUGUUAUCAGUCGCGAGAGGUAAAGUAUCAGAAGGAGUAGAUUUUGACCAUCAUCUUGGACGUGCUGUACUUAUGUUUGGAAUUCCAUACGUUUACACGCAAUCUCGAAUUUUGAAAGCUAGAUUGGAUUAUUUACGAGAUCAGUUUCAAAUAAAAGAAAAUGAUUUCCUCACUUUUGACGCAAUGAGACAUGCUGCACAGUGCGUUGGGCGCGUAAUUCGAGGAAAAACCGACUACGGUAUUAUGAUAUUUGCUGAUAAGCGAUUUUCACGUGCAGAUAAACGCUCCAAGCUGCCUAAGUGGAUCCAGGAACAUUUGAAAGAUUCAUAUUGUAAUCUGUCCACCGAGGAAUCAGUACAGAUGGCCAAACGUUGGUUGCGCCAAAUGGCACAACCAUUCACAAGAGAAGAUCAGCUUGGGGUUUCGCUCUUAACUCUUGAACAACUUGAGAAUAUGGAAGCCAGUAAGAUUGAGAAACAAGCUCAGCAAAUGUAAUUAUUUUGAAACUUUAUAGAACAAUGUUUUAAAUACAUUUAACAAUUUAUUUUGUACCAUGUUUAAAAAUA